AUGUUGAAAUCUCAUGAAGCUUUAAAAGACCAUAUUGGUUGUGAAAUGUCACCAGAGUUGAACCAACAUUUACGCAGAUACCUUGAAUUUUUAAGAAUGAUCCGGCCAGUUAGCUACAAUAAUCCUUAUGUUGUGGCAUUCAAUAACUACAAUUACAUAAGAGGUAGCAACAAUGCCACUGAUUGCCUUGGUGGUGCUGGAAAUUUUGCUUAUUCACGAGCAAUGGGACAUUAUAUUAUUUCACUAAUUGGUAUGCUUGAAAAAGUCAUUGAUUUCCAUCUGAAUUCUGAACCGGCUUCUUUUAAGGAUGCAGACUUUAUGGUGUAG